CUUUAUGGCAGUGAAACCCACCUUGCAUCGUGCUCUUCUACCGGCCAAUUUUCCUACACACUCCUCUCAUCAUCAUCAUCAGCAUCAUCAACUACAGCCAUUACUUCUCUCGGUGCAGGAAUCAAUGUGAUGCGCGGCCAUUCUACACAGUCUCACAUCUUCGCGGCAGGCGGCAAGGAUCGUGAUCUGUGUGUAUACGAUGCCAGUGUUUUAGCAUCUCAAAACGACUCUACCGAAAAGGUGGUUUCAGACCCCAAGGGACCCAAUAAAAACACCUCUAAGCACAAGGCAGCAAAAAAUGCUUCUAAUGGAAUUGUCUUUCAAGCAAAGAACGUCAAGAAUGACUUUUUAGAUUUGCAACAGCCUGUCUGGAUUCGUGAUUUGCAGUUUAUGAGUGAAGACACAUCCAAGGUUGUCGUUGGAACUCAUCAUCAUCAGAUCCGUCUUUAUGAUGCAAAGGCAGCACGAAGACCUGUAUUGAAUGUUGAGAUUGGAAAAAACCCUAUUACCAAUGUUCGCGUUGGUAAAGACUACAACCAUGUUAUGUUUACUGACACCAUGAGCAAUGCUGGUACAAUUGAUAUCCGCACAGGUGCUGUAGUAGCACGGUACAAAGGAUUUACUGGUGCUGUCACAGAUCUUGUGGUUGCUCCUCAACCAACAUUCACAACAGCAUCUGAAAAUGCAAUGUUGGUUAGUGUGUCGUUGGACAGAUUUUUGAGAGUCCAUGAGAUGUCGAGUAUGUUCCGAAGAUGCGUCAACAAGGCCUAUUUGAAGCAGCGUAUGAGUUGUGUAUUGGUGGAUGAGGAAUAUGAGCUGCCAGAAUCAGAAAUAAAGAAGGUUGUGGAUGAAGAAGAAGAGGAAGAGAAUGCCAUGUGGGAUUCUCUCGCAAAGGUCGAUUCGGUCACCAAAAGAAAGCGUGCAUCAAACUAGAGUAAAUAAAUCCAAACAAAAGAAUAUAUAUAUAUAUAUAUAUAUAUAUAAUACUUCUCAUACACUAUAAACCAGCAACAACAACAGCAGC